AUGGAUAAUACCAAGCUUCAAGUCGAUAUCUAUAUUGCCCCCGUUAUCCCAGCUACAACCGGCUUUCCUGAUUACGAAAGGGCAGCUUGGUCACCCAUCAGCUGUGUACUUGUCCACGGACCCGAGUCAGCCGCCCUCAUCGAUACUCCCAUCACCGUUCAGCAAGGCGAGGAGAUCGCCAAAUGGAUUCGCGAGACAGCUCCGAAUAAGAAGCUCAAGUAUGUUUAUACCACCCACGCACAUCCCGAUCACUUCGCGGCUGUGCCAGUACUACAAGAACACUUCCCGGACCUUGAAUUCGUCGCCACGCAAAACGUUGUAGCCGGAAUCCAAGAAUUGUACAACACGACCUUCGACCAUGUUUGGCCAAAUCUUUUUCCGAAUCAGAUACAUCAAUCCAGGCCGAUACCGAAGGCCCUCCCUGCCUCAGGCGAGUUCUUCAUCGACGGCGAGAAGCUGCAUGGCGUCGAAGUCGGACACACGGACAAUGAGUUCUCCAGCUUUCUCCACGUCCCUGCAGUCGACCUUGUCGUUACGGGCGACAUUGUGUACGGCGACUGUCACCAGCAUUUUGGCGAGGCCAACACGCCAGAGAAACGUAAGGAGUGGCUGGAUGCUAUCGAUCUCAUUGAGGCAAAGAAUCCGCAUAUUGUUGUUGCAGGACACAAGAGAGCUUCACAGGCAGAUGCGCCAUAUUUGAUCCAGUCGACUAGGGAGUACAUUUACACAUUUGAAAAGGAGUUGGCCAGGACAACAAGUGCUGAGGCAUUGUAUGACAGGAUGAAGGAGUUGUAUCCUCAGAGAUGGAACCUUUUUAUUUUGCAUUUCGCGUGCCAACAGUCGUUUGCGGCGCGAGAGAGCAAGCUUUGA